GAAUACAACCCUUCAUCAUUGGCGGCCAUGAAGUGGACAUCAUUAAGCAUCCCUAUCUCGUUUCUAUACGCUACCGAUUGGCAGUCGAUGGUGCGUAUUGGCACAAAUGCGCGGGUGUUAUAAUUACGGAGAAGGUUGUGCUUACCGCCGCACAAUGUGUUCGUGAAAUCGAAACGGAUCGCGUUAUGACCGUUGCUGCCGGCAAUCAACGCACCCCAACCAUAUCUCUCCACAUACAUAUGCAUUAAACAUAUCCAUAAAGAUCAGCAACUGAUUAUCAUCGUAACAUUUCAUAAUUAAAUGACUUAUCACAAAAAACACAAUAACAAAAUAAGAUAAUCCGAAUAUUUAAACCCCACAGUAUAGCUUGGUGAAUAAUAAUUAUAUUAGUCGCUUUCAGUGCGUUCUAAAAUGAGGCUAGAAAUAUAUCGGCAUGCUGUUCAAAUAUCACUUUUACACUCUUUGGUUCUUGUUCGCUUCUUGCUCCGCUUGGGCGGUGCCUACGCCCUUAGGAAUACAACCCUUCAUCAUUGGCGGCCAUGAAGUGGACAUCAUUAAGCAUCCCUAUCUCGUUUCUAUACGCUACCGAUUGGCAGUCGAUGGUGCGUAUUGGCACAAAUGCGCGGGUGUUAUAAUUACGGAGAAGGCUGUGCUUACCGCCGCACAAUGUGUUCGUGAAAUCGAAACUGAUCACGUUAUGAUCGUUGCUGCCGGCAAUCAACGCACUGGCGGUGAUGGCAAACUAUAUCCAGCUAGCAAAUGGAUCGAACAUCCGGCAUUUUCUCCACGUACUGCUGAUUAUGACGUUGGUUUGAUAUUUGUGCAUUUGCCUUUUGAAUUUGACGCUACUCAUUCGGCGUUGCGUGCAAUUAAUAUACGUGCGCAAUGGCCUGCUGUGAACCGUUUGGCAACGGUUGUUGGUUGGGGUUAUCGUGAGGAAUUCGGUCCAUCAUCCGAUAAUUUAGAAGAGACUACAGUGCCAAUAGUCAGUCGCUCAGAGUGUGUUUCCAUCUAUGGUUCCGAUGAGGUCACCGAACGUAUGAUUUGUGCAGGAUAUGUGAAGACUGGCCGUAAGGAUGUAUGCCAGGGUGAUACUGGUGGUCCUUUGAUAUAUGAGGGACAAUUGGUGGGCUUAGUUUCGUGGGGCUAUGGUUGUGCGCGUCCAGGUUAUCCCAGUGUUUACACUGAUGUAGCCAGUCUUAAGUCAUGGAUUGUAGAGGAAUUGCAGAAGGCGCAAGCAUAAGGAUAUAAUUAUUGUACAUAAAACGAGCAAUCAAAGACAUAAAAAUGCGUCACUUAAGUUGUACUAUAAAAGCUGUUAUUUAAUGAUUCGUAUGUAAUUUGUUUGUAUUCUGAAAUAAACAAAAUAAUAAUUCCUUAUGUUUAGUAUACAAUGAUUUAUAGCAAUAGCAGACACAAAGUA